AUGGUAUCUUUCAAGACCCUUCUCUUGACGGCAUUCGUCUCUGUCGCCGUUCAUGCCGCGAAUGACACGGAUACCGAGUGUCCAGCCGGCUGGCUUCCCAACACGUUUAAGGUGACAAGAUGCUGCUCCGGUGGCAUGACGGUCAUUAACACAACCGCCUAUUGCUGUGUCUACGACAUGAGACUUUACAAAGAGGCUCUCACCAACACAGCACUGCUAUACGAAACCGCCACGACGACUACCACAGAGGAUGAUUACAAUCACUGGGCCACUUUGAAAGACACCUGCGUCGCAAAGAUUCCCUACACACUGCCAGCCAGUGACUAUUCUUCUCAGGUCUCUUCAGCAGCGAAGAAAGCUGAAGCUACUCCCACCAAUACAUCCGCGACUACUACCAACUCUGCGGCUACUUCCGAAGUCACCUCCGGUUCAGGUUCGCAGGCCUCGACACCGACUUCGAACGCGGCCAUGCCUCUUGCUACGGCUGGAGAUGUUGCGUUAGGAGGCGCGGCACUGGCUGCAGCUCUUUUUGUGCUGUGA